AUGCCGGAUGAAUAUAUGGACCCAAGCAACGUAUUUGAAGGUGUACCUCUGGUGCGGAUGUAUGACAAGGCGGAUGAUGUCCGUGAUUUGCUCAGGUUCUUUUACCAUGCGCCAACAUUUACACUCACUCGUUACGAUCCCGAGACCCCCAAAAAGGUCGGAGGAAUUUUACGUCUGGCAAAGAAAUACCAGAUCGCCUCGUUGUGGGACAGAUUAGUCAAGCAAAUCGAAACGGACUGGCCGCAGACACUCUCGGGAUGGGAUCGCCUUGAAGGCGAGAUAAACCUUUGGAAUCAACAUUGCGUAGAGGAAGGCGAGUCUCGCAUUCCUUGCAGUGAUAUAGUAUUCCCCGAACCGGGCUCGGCUGCACAACUCGCACGCGAAUUUGACCUUCGCAAGAUCACGCCUGCCGUUUUUUAUCACCUUUCCCGCCUCGAGAUAUCCCGCAACCGUGGACACCUGUACGACAAGCAAGUUGCGGAUCGCAUUGCUGAAGUCCGAUCACUCGGUGGCCGUACCGCAAACUGGUCGCUCCUGACCCUACCCGAUCUCAAGUGUUUGUUGCUUGGUCGAGAGCGCAUCCAACAAUAUCUGGAGAAGGAGUUUACUCGGUUCAGAAAUUCACCCCAGUUCCACUAUUGUGACCCCCAGUGCAACAGGAAGAGCUUCGAAGACGGACUCCGAGUGCUAAUCCACUCGUCUGACAUUUUGAGCGAUCUGAAGAUACUUGUCUCUGAAGAUCUCGACAACUGCGGAACAGAAACACUUUGCAGUCCUUGUCAAGAAAAAGCAAAAGCGACAGUGCGGCAAUUGCGUACGGAGAUUUGGGAUCGCCUCGCUGAGUUUUUUGAACUUCCAGUUCUUUCUGAUAACGAAGACGAUGAUGGGGACGGUGAUGAGGACGAGGGUGAUGACGAAUAUCAUGACAGUGAAUGAGCAUCGCUAGAACUCCUCGAAGACUGCUCGUUGUGUAGCAAUAUAUAAAUUCAAUAAAC